CACCUUCAGACCUGAACUUUUGGUAGCCUGAUUCCACUCAGAAGACAUUUGCUCUUAUUUCAACGUUUCCUCUUUCCCCUUUCCCAUAGAUGAGAAUGCAUUUAAGUUUUUGUUUAUCCCCCUAUCACCCACUGAAGCGAAGCUUGCCUUUGAACAUUUCAGACCUGACUUUCUAAUGUGGACAAGCAAGUGAAAUCUAAGAAGAGGCAAGGACUCCUGCCAAGAUACUGUUUUCAACCCGUUCGGUACAGGAUCUACCAUGCGGAGCUUUUUAUGUCUUCUUUUCCUGUUCAAAAUUCUAGUCCCUAGUUUUGCUGCCUCCCUUCAUAGCGAACCUGACCAGGAACAGAUUGAAGAAGUGUUCCUGGAUGCCACUUCUGCAAACAAAUUCUUGAACCGUAAGAUUCUUUAUAACCACUGGGAUCUUGAGCUGAUUGUGCCAGACAACUUGGAGCGUGAAUGCAGAGAAGAAGUUUGCAACUAUGAAGAAGCUCGGGAAGUCUUUGAAGACGACUCACAAACAAAAAAAUUUUGGGAGACCUAUCCACACAAUGGAAGAGGAGGAGCAAGAAGUGCUGGAAUAGAUGUGGCAGGCCUGGUGGCUGGCCUGAUUGCAGCUUUGGUGUCUAUUGUCAUGUUUAUAAUUGUGGCCAUGUAUUGCAUCAAAUAUCGUGCUAAAGAGAGAAAUCAAUCCAGAAGAACACAGGAAAAUUUGAAUCCAGGGAUUCCCCUUGCCAACUUUGAUGAUGAGCCUAAGCCAGAAUCUGCACCUGGGCUUCCUUCUUAUGAGCAAGCAAUGGCAUCUCCAGGGGUACAUGAUGCACCACCCCCACCUUACAACAGGAAUAACAAUUUGACACGGCCUACCUGAGUUUUCAACAGCAGGAUAAAUUUUCUUGAAAUACCUAUUGGCCUUCAGCUGUACAAAAGACACUAUGCACACACCCCUGCAUCAUAGCCAAGGCAGGGAGCACGUGUGACUUUGAAGCAGACAAUUAAUGCAUACUGGAUAUGAAUCUGCAGUAUAUAGAGACUGUAUAUAAAUGUCAGAAGAGGAUAUUGCAGUAUGUUUUGGCUGAGAAAUUAAAAUCUAAAAUUGCAAAUGUACAUAUCAGGUCUGAUAUUACAAGGUUAAUGUGAAUGUGAAUUGCUAAUUUGCACAGAUUUCCUCCCCCCAUUUUUCCCCUCUUCAUCUUAUGAAUGAUUUUUUUUAAUGACCGUCUUUUCUAUCAACAUGUGAUUAUGCAAGGAUUAUAUUGCGGAUAAAUGAAAAUUAUUUUUGUUUGAAGAUAAACAUGAUUGAUCGUAGCAGACUAAUUAAUAUAACAGGAACUCCAAGCUGGGAUAAGAAAUCUUAAAUAGCUCAAGACAGAGAUUCAGUUUGGGAAAACUGUUCUGGAUUAUGCAAGCUCAGACAUUUAUUCAAGUGCAUAAAGAAUAGGGAUAUUACAAGUUGCCUCCUGUAAUCGGCAUGCAAAAAGAAAAAGAAAACAGGAAUGGCUAGUUUGAACUAUUCAUUGGCACCAUUGCAUUUUGCCCUUGCUUGUUCUAAAGAAUAGUAUUUGUUAUGGCAACUGACUUAGCAAAAUUCAUGAUCUAGAACAAGGGUCUUCAAACUUGGCAAGUUUAAGACUUGUGGACUUCAAUUCCCAGAAUUCCUGAGUUAAUAUGCCUGGAGGAGGAAUUCUGGGAGUUGAAGUCCACAAGUCUUAAAGCUGUCAAGUUUGAAGACCCCUGAUCUAAAGAAUGUUCUAAGAACAGAACAUACAAGAAACUGACUUAGAUCAGAUCAGGUUACUUGACCAUCUGGCCCAUUGUUAUUGCUCGACUCCUCUCUGCUCUCUAGAAGCAUCAGCAGUGAAAGACUUCUCCCACCACAGCUGCAUGAUCCAUUUAGAAAUUUGGUCUGAAUUAAAUGUGCUUUUAUUUCCAUACAAAGCUGGUUCCACACCUUUAAGUUCUGUUCCCCUCUUAACCCAAAGAUACACCCACCCAUGCUUCCAAACUGGUCCUGAGAAUUGUAUUAGGGAAGGCAGAUCUGAAGUACAAAUUGGACAGUAGCACAGGUAAUUCAAGACAAGUAGGAAAUUUAGCCAGAGAUGGACCACAAGUAAGAAAGUCCAAUCAACCACAGAACAUAGGUGGCACUUCUACAGUAAUGUAAGCAUGAAAGAGUGAGAACAAAACAUGUUUAUAAAUACUUCUAAGAGCUAUAUUGCACAGCUGUCUGUAGCACAAGUUGAGAAUGAAGUGAGAAUGAUGGUGUGGUUGGACAAAACACCACAACCACAGAUGUUAAACUCAUAUCUGUCCUGCCUUUCCGCUUACUUGUCAUGAAAUAUUGUUUGCUUGGCUGUGAGCACAAUAGAGAGAACACUCCAUCAUAGCUGUAAGGAAGGGGAAGCAGUUUGUGAACAAUUAAUGUGGCUGAUUAAAUAAGUAGUCUGUGAAUCUUUUAACAUGAUUUCUAUGGAAAAUAAAAAUUUUGAAG